AUGGCCACCCCCAACUACACAUCCGAGCAGAUAUCCGCCCUCAGAGCCCUGCGCGCCCGCCUUCGCUCUGCGAAAUACGACUGGGAAGUCCGGCAGCUGUUGAAGAACACCGCCACCGCGACCGGUCUGAGGCAGCUACAGUUGGUAGAAUGGCAGGAUGGGGAUGACAAUAGAAAGAAUCUGCUGCAUUGUUUGGUGGAUGAACGGCUUGAGAAAGUAGCAAUAAUGAUCAUCCAAGAAUUCUGGUCCCGCAAAGAAUCAGACCAGCGCCAACUCAUGCGCCUCUUCCACGUUCCCAAAUGCUACAUCGAGAUUGGUUCUCCAGAAGGUUUAGGUGACGGGAAUUACACGGUUGAGCAACUAAUGGCAGGAAGAAACUGCGAGCAAUUAGUCGACAUCAUUACUCGGUGUCGCGAGCUGUAUCCCUCCCAAAAUUCGGAAGGGGACGAACAAGGGGAAGAGAACGAUGAGGAGGAGGGGACGGCACCCCUAUACCACGCACUCCUUCUCCUGGUCCUGACUUGA